UUUUUCAAAAAAAAAAAAAAAAAAAAAAAAGUAUUUUCCAACAAUUUGUCCCACCUUCCCUUUCUUCUCUCACUUCGGAAGCAAAGCAAAUCCAGAGUUCCAAGACCUGGUUUGAGAGGAGAAACUACACGACGACGAAACCUUCAAUCACUCAAAAAUGGAUGAUUACACCAGAGAAAUGAUGGACCUUAAAACCCUUGUCACCCGUACUCUUGAGAAGAAAGGGGUUCUCGCUAAGAUCCGAGCCGAGCUUAGAGCUAGUGUUUUUGAAGCGAUCGAGGAAGAGGAUCGAGUUGUUGAGAAAGAAGAAGAAUUGCCUCCAGCACUACUGGGUAGCUGCAAUGAUCGUGCCAAACAACUUCAUGCUUCUCCUUCAGGGAGGCUUCUUACUGCUCUAAUAUGUGAAUACAUGGACUGGGCACAGCUAAAUCACACGCUUAAAGUUUAUCUUCCAGAGUGUAACUUGCCGAAAGAUUUCUGGAAAGCUGAGUUGAAAGAAUUUAGCAGCAAAAAUGGAUAUGAUCUUAGCAGGAAUGGAGAAAGUGGUCCUGUGCUUUUAGAUGUUCUUGAAGGAUUUUUAAAGUUUGAGAAUUUAGCCCAAGUGAGAGGCGGUGGAAGGAGAUUGAAUACUGAAAACGAGUCUUCGUCAAAUGUUGAGCCACGCAACGUUCGAAGACCAUCAUCAUCAUCUGUUGCUGGAGGCUUACCUCCGUUAGUGAGAUCGCAUCCGGGGUCUCAGGCAUCUGAGAGGAGAGCAGGGUCUUCUACAUCUAGCUACAGGAAAGAUGAUUACAACUGGAGAUAUGAUGGUGAAGAAUUGCCAGAGGAUGUGAUGCGUGCUUCAGCUGCCCUGGAAAACUUACAAUUGGAUAGGAAAACUCGGAAUCUAACUUCUUCAUGGAGGCAUGGUGGGGAUGGAAUCUCUGAGGAUGAUGGAGUAGAUCACAUGUAACCUGUACCACUUUACUUGUAGUUUAUGUCUAUCUUUGCGCUCCAUAUGCGAGUACCAUUGUGAUUAGUUUAUUGAGGUAGUGAGUUUUAUGAUCUUAUAUAUGGUGAAUCUGCAAUGUAAUUCAUUCCUUUCUAGUGUGUUUUUCCAAUCUAAUUCAGAAUGUGUGGUGGCCCUCUGCCUUUGAAUUUAUUGUAGCUCCUUGUCUGCGGGUUAUUUUCUUGCGAGAGUUGAGCUCGUGAUUAUUGUAUGAAUGAUUUGAGCUUCAUCUAUUAUAUGCAUUUGAUAGGGUAUAG